GUCACUGAUUUAGACAUGAACACAUACCACACAAUUUCUGAAGACUAUUUAGAAACAUUGACAGAUUCUUUAGAGGCUCUAAGUGAGGAAAAUCCACAAAUUGAUGCAGAAUAUUCACACGGUGUUUUGACCUUAGUCCUUCCACCAAACGGGACAUAUGUCAUUAACAAACAACCACCAAAUAAACAAAUAUGGUUGAGUAGUCCAGUAUCGGGACCAGAUAGAUUUGAUUAUGUUGAACCAAAUUGGGUUUCUUUGAGAACAAAGCACAAGUUAGCAUUGUUGUUGAAGGAUGAGGUUGCACAAGCUGUAGGCAAAGAGGUUGAUGAAAUUGAUUUAGGUGGC